AUGGCUAAUCGUCGCAAUAAUGAAUCUAGUACCGGUACUACUAGUAAGCGACUUCCUACAUUUGAUAAACUUGAAGGUGCACAAUUAAAUCGGGACCCAGCCUUAGCACAUUUUCUGUCUUUCGAAGACUUCUUAGUGUAUAAUGACGAGUUGGAUCCCCUGUCUGUAGCGGCAAUUGAUACACUUUUGAAUAUGUUUAAGCAAACUUUGAAAGGAAAAGCCCGCCUAUGGAUUGAAGGCAGAAAAGAGGUCUCCUUCGCUACCUCUGAUAUUUCUUCUAUUCGUGAAGAACUAGAUGCCUUGAAGCUGCAGUUCGAAUCUAAUGAAAGAUCUAACCGAUGA